UUCAGCUCCACAACAUUUGGAUUUACCUUGUAAGAGAAAGAGAUAUUAGAAGGACAUACCAUCAUCGGAAAUGUAAUCUUGAAGUGCAGCUUCACUUUAGGUUGGAAAUUAUACAUUUGAGCGGAUUAGUUUCUCUUGAAAGUGGAAAUUGUGGAGAGUAAGUGAAAGUUAUCUUCAGAAGCUGUUACAGAACAGGGAGUGGCACUGUGUAAGAAAAUGGCAUCCAAAUCGUCUCUCCCAGAGGAGAAUUUCAACUGUCCUGUCUGCUUUAGCGUCUUCAAGAAUCCUGUCCUCCUGUCGUGUAGCCACAGCUUCUGUAAAACCUGUCUGGAAUUAUGCUGGCAACAGAAGGAACCACGGGAAUGUCCAGUUUGCAGGAGAAGAUCCUCAAUGAAUCCGCCAUUGAACCUGGCUCUAAAGAACCUGUGUGAGGCCUUCUUACAGGAGAGGAGUCAGAGAGCUUCAGUUGGGUCUGAGGUACAGGAGGGGAGUCAGAGAGCUUCAGCUGGGUCUGAGGCACAGGAGAGGAGUCAGAGAGCUUCAGUUGGGUCUGAGGUACAGGAGGGGAGUCAGAAAGCUUCAGCUGGGUCUGAGGUGCUCUGCAGUCUGCACAGUGAGAAACUGAAACUCUUCUGUCAGAGGGAUAAACAGCCCAUCUGCAUGGUGUGUCAGACCUCAAAGAAACAUAAAUCUCAUGUCUGUGUCCCUGUAGAUGAGGCUGUACAGGAUUAUAAGGAGGAACUUCAAACUGCCCUGAAGCCCUUACAGGAGAAGCUGGAGGUCUUCAAUAAAGUUAAACUAACCUGUGAUCAAACAGCAGAGCACAUUACUAGCCAGGCCUUGCACACAGAAAAGCAGAUUAGGAAAAAGUUUGAGAAGCUUCGCCAGUUUCUACAAGAGGAAGAGGAGGCCAGGAUAGCUGCACUGAGGGAGGAAGAGCAGCAGAAGAGUCAGAUGAUGAAGAAGAAGAUUGAAGAGAUGAGCAGAGAUAAAUCGUCACUUUCAGACACAAUCAGAGCCAUAGAGGAGGAGUUGAAAGCUGAAGACAUCUCAUUCCUGCAGAACUUCAAGACCACAAAGGAAAGAGCCAAGUGCACACUGCAGGAUCCACAGCUGGUCUCAGGAGCUCUGAUAGACGUGGCCAAACACCUGGGCAACCUGCAGUUCAGAGUCUGGGAGAAGAUGCAGGGGAUCCUCAAAUACACUCCUGUGAUUCUGGACCCCAACACUGCACCUCCAGAGCUCUCUCUGACUGAUGAUCUGACCAGUGUGAGAUACACAGGCACAAAACAGCAGCUCCCUGACAACCCAGAGCGAUUAAUGAAGUAUAUAGAUGUUCUGGGCUCUGAGGGGUUUAGCUCAGGGAAACACAGCUGGGAGGUGGAGGUGGGGGACUACCGUCGGUGGAAUCUGGGCGUGGCUAAAGAGUCCCUUGACAGGAAGGGGGAACGGGAUGCAUCACCACAGCAUGGAAUCUGGUGUAUAGAGCAGCAGAGUGGUAAAUAUAAAGUAGGAGGAGGUGGCAUCAUCACUCUGAAGAGGAGACCCCAGAGGAUCAGAGUGCAGCUGGACUACAACAAGGGGAAGGUGUCCUUCUACGACCCCAAAGACAUGACACUCAUCUACACUCUUAAAGACACAUUUACUGAGAGACUGUUCCCAUACUUUUAUAUUGGAACGGUUGCUGAUGCCAACCGCCUUGAUGUACAGAUCUGCCAAUCAAAGGUGUCUCUGACAGUGAUGUCAUCCUGAUGAGGUGUGUGUGUGUGUGUGUGUGUGUGUCUGUGCGUGCGCGUGUGCAUGUGCGUGCGCGUGUGAGAAACAUUGUCAGUUUCAGUGGACAUUAUCACAAGAUCAGUUUUGUGGUUAAAAUUAAUAUUCACAUAAUUUCUAGAAACUACGGGACAUAAAUAUCUCUAUACUUACAAUGUGCUUCACUUCUAAGAAUCAAUUGUUUAUAAUAAUAAAUGUAUCCAGGGUGAAUCCUGGUUGGUAUUCUAACAAGACGAGGGUGCUGCAUUGGGAAAAUCUCACAUAAGUAAAAUAUUUGUUUCUAAUGCAAUAAAAAAAUGUAUGUGAAAUACCGUAUAUUUCUGUAACAACAGACGAUUAAGACUAUCAAAUCUAACAGUAUCUAAUCUAAGGUGGUGACGACUGUGGGCUGAAUAAGAGUUCUCUCAGAUCAGGUGGUGGCGAUAUGAUUUGUUAACUUCUGUUUAGACUGACAUUUUAGAUAGACCUGUCAGUAGUGAUAGACCUGUCAGUAGUGAUAGACCUGUCAUUAGUGAUAGACCUGUCAGUAGUGAUAGACCUGUCAUUAGUGAUAGACCUGUCAGUAGUGUUAGACCUGUCAGUAGUGAUAGACCUGUCAGUAGUGAUAGACCUGUCAGUAGUGUUAGACCUGUCAGUAGUGAUAGACCUGUCAGUAGUGUUAGACCUGUCAGUAGUGAUAGACCUGUCAGUAGUGUUAGACUUUUCAGUAGUGUUAGACCUGUCAGUAGUGAUAGACCUGUCAGUAGUGUUAGACCUGUCAGUAGUGAUAGACCUGUCAGUAGUGAUAGACCUGUCAGUAGUGAUAGACCUGUCAGUAGUGUUAGACCUGUCAGUAGUGAUAGACCUGUCAGUAGUGAUAGACCUGUCAGUAGUGUUAGACCUGUCAGUAGUGAUAGACCUGUCAGUAGUGAUAGACCUGUCAGUAGUGUCAUCCCUGUAAUGUCCUGUGAUCUAUAUAUGAUGAUUUGAAUGAUUGGUUGUGGUAUGCUAUGAUGUUGUUAUUCUUGUUGUUGAUGUUGCAGACGUGCCCAAAUAAAUUUCCCC